CUUUGGUGUGUCUCCUACUUCUACAAAGAAGAGUCACGUUUCUGUGUUUCUCCUCUUCUUUUAAGCCUGUCGUCUGUCAUGAUUAAGUCAGUGCUGCUGCGCAGGUUAACGUCAAACAUCCUGUCCUGUUCCAGAGGAUCAUGUCUACUUACAGGUCGGAUAACUCAUGGUGUGCAGCCUCAUUCACCAGGUCACACGGCCAUCCAGCAGAGCUUCCACGGACCCCUUAUACCUCAAAUCACAGCCCUGGUCAGGUACUCGGACUAUUCGGCACAAAAGUACACUAUGAUUUACACCCUGCCGCACAUUAAGCUCCUCAGAGCUGUGUCCAGGCUGAAACUGCUCCAAACUGCAAUCACCCUGGUCAUCUUGCCCCCAGUGUACAUCUUCUACCUCCAGGGAGACGUCCCCUUCUUUCUUGUCAGCUACUCAACGGGUAUAGCGCUGUUUGCCGGUGUCAUGCUGUACACUGCCAGUCACUUCUUCAGGAGGGUUGUGGGGAUGAUGUACCUGGACCCGUCCCAGACCACUCUCAAAGUGUCCCACCUCACCUUCUGGGGCAGGCGCCAUGAUCUCUACCUGCCUGUGACAGAUGUUAUGACCAUCGGGGAUACAGGCGACUCCGUUAACGAGACAAUUGUAAAACUUAAGAGAUACAGCAGCCCAGAGACGCUGUAUUUCUCCACUCAUUUUGGACGUGUGGUGGACAAACAGGCUUUUGAGAAGGUGUUUGGAACUUAAAAAUGUAAUUUGUUGAAAAUGUACUGAUUGGGAAGGUAAUGGUCAACAUUGAAUUCACAUAAUUAUGUGCAAAAAACUGUAUACAUUGUUAUAAUAAUAAUGAUCUGUCCUCAGUGAAAAGAUUAUACAGUGAAAGACUGUCGCUGGUUAUAGGUCUGAUGUGUGAAUAACAAGCUAAUUCAUUAUUUAACUAAACUUGUGGUUGGAAAGUAAAGAUACAUUUUUGCAGGCCUGAGUAGGACUGCUAAGGGACCAGUGUUAGCAGUGAUGUGUUAUAAGUACUCAGAUUACUUUGGUCUGUAACCAGGGUCUUAAUGUGUGAAGGAGAAAAAAUGUGAAAUAAAUUAAAAGUCUUGGUUUUACAAACAGA